GUUCAGUGUAGGAGUAGCAUUACAACUACUAACACAGAAUCUGAAGCUUGUCUGGAAGCUGUUUCUCAUUAAAGGAAACCCUUAUCCCAUCACUACAGCACAUGCUCAGCAGCUCCUAAAACCACUGGACCUCAAAUGGCCUCCCCAUCUGUGACCACUCAGCCUCUUCCCUUUGGUCUGGAAAGGGAGAAACAUAUUGACAUGCUCUUCAGAGCUUUCCAUAGGCAGAUUAGACCUACCACAGACAUGCAGGACCUCACUCCUGUGCUCCGGGAUACAGGCAGGACAAGAGGACAGGAUGAAGGACCUGGAUGGAAAGAGACAUACAAUGAAAGACUGGAAAAAUUGUCUGUUCUGAGAACAGUCACAAGACUUCAUAUUACUGCCAGACCAGAACUGCAAGGUCCUCAGUGUGUAGCCCGCAGAACAUACAGCAUUUCCACAGAAAGCAGUGAUCAGCUCUUUGUGGCUGUGGAAGAGAGCUCAUGCAUGUGUAUGCAGUGCUGUGGUCCAGCUCGAUCCUGUUCACUACAAGGCUUUGAUAAGGACGCAGAGUGCGUCUUUCUGUUUGAGAGGCCCCUGAGAUCGGAGAUGUGCUGGCUUGGCUGCUGCCUGAUGGAAAUAAAGGCCUAUACACCAGAGAGAGAGCUGAUUGGGACAGUUCACCAAAGGUGGAGCAUGUUCACGCCGUAUUUCGAGGUCUGUGACUCUGAGGGCAUCUCAGCCGUGAGGAUCCAGGGCUCCUGCUGCAACACUCGCUGCCUCUCUGAGCAGGAGCUGCAGCUGGUUUCCAAUAUCGGUGAGAGAAUUGGGUGCAUAUGGAAAAGGUGGCCUGGAUAUAAUGAGGAAUGUAACAUGGAUCAUGAGUAUUUUGGACUGGAUGUGCCUCAAGGAAUGAAUUUGAACACCAAAGUGCUGUUAUUAGCUGCGGCCUUCCUGCUGGUAUGUUGUCAACCACACACAGAUGCUGCUAUUUUAUUAAUAUGUAACUGAUUUAUAAUUUAUCUCUUUCUGUUGCAGAAUCAUAUGUUUUUUGAGAUGAGCUAAGUGGAAAUGCUAUAAAGCUUCAAGGACAUGAAAGACAUCUGCUUCACCUGCUAUUAUCAGCUCUGAAGUGAAGUGUGAACCCAACAAUAUAGAAUUAUGGCGACUCAUAAUAUGGUGUUUCUAUGACAACUGCAGGAAACGUAUGGCUGAUGCUUUUCUGAGCAAAUUGCAUCUGAACUUGUGUACAUCAGGAAUCUCUGUACAGAGCCUCUCUACACCUCAUGACAUUUGCACACUAAAAAUGAACAUAUUUGAAGGCCAACAUGAUAAAUAAUAAUAAUAAUAAUAAUAAAAACUUAUUUUACACAAUCUACUACAUGCCUUCUUCAUACAAUUUUAGCAAGUAAAAGGCCUUUUAGUAUCAUUAUAAAAAUAUCCACCUUCAUGUCAUGGUGCACUGAUUUUAAGUAAACAUAAUAACUUUGAUGUUAGUAAUAUUUCAAGAUGAACACUUGCUGGACCAAAGCAACUUAUGUUCACUUGAUUAUCUAUCUUUUUUUUUUUCUUAGAAAAAUCAUGUUAAAAUGUAUCAAAUAUGAUACAACAAACUUUUGAGUAACGUUCAUUUGUUCAUCUCUCAAUCAUCAUUGUAUUGCAUUGCAUUAAAUGUUUUGCCCCACAAUAAAAACUAAAGCUUUGAUCAUUUAAAAAAAAGCAUUUAAAUAUCAUUUAACUAAGUUAUUGUUAUUAUCUGAUAUGUAUGCUUUUUAUGUAAGUAGUGUUAUACAUUUAAAAAGAUUUUAUUGAUUUACAUUACAAACUAUCAGAAUUUUAUCUUAUUUUUUGGCCAUAAAAAUAACAGAAACUGGAGCAAAGUGCUUAUUUUUUCUCAGUUUGGACCUCUGAAUUUUCUCAUCAAGUAUGAACUCUGUAUCAUACUAUAUGGAGCAUUAAAGCCUUAUGUAUCAAAUAUGAUACUCGACAAAAACACGUAAGCAAACUUGUUAAAACAUUUUUUUCUAAUGUCUCAGAGUUCCAUUAAAAGAAAGAUUUUUCUUAAUAUUAUGUCAGUCUUUACAGGGUUAAAUGUUCAAUGCACUCUUAUCUAAUACAAAAAAAAAUGCAUACAAAUACGGAUGUUUUUUCUGCAUGUAAUAAAGAUUGAGAAAACUUA